AUGGAAAGAUUUCUGGUGAGUGCAGCUACAGGAACGAUGAAUUCCCUCCCGGGGAAGCUGGGAACCAUCUUGAACAAUGAGUACAAGCUGCUAAAGGGUGUUCGUGAUGACAUCAAGUUCCUCAAGAGAGAGCUCGAGGCCAUGGCAGCAUUCCUCGUUAGGGUGGCAGACAUGGAGGAACCUAACCCCCAAUCCCAGCUUCAUGCUGACGAUGUGCGGGAGCUGUCCUAUGACAUUGAGGACAAAAUUGACAAGUUUAUGUUACUUGUCAACCAUGAGUCCAGUUCUCAGUCAGAAAGCUUCAAGGAACUUCUUAACAAAUGCAUGAAAAAGAUAGCAGACAUCAACACUCGCCAUAAGAUCGCCAAGGACGUAAAAGACAUCAAGAGCCAAGUCAAGGAGCUGGCCGAGAGGCAUGCAAGGUACAAGAUCGGCGAGUCUUCCAAGCCUAGAAAUGAAAAGGUUGACCCACGACUUUGUGCGGUAUUUAAAGAUACAACAGAGCUUGUUGGCAUCGAUGCCCCGAGAGAUGACCUUGUGAAGUUGCUAACUGACGAGAAAGGAGAAUCAGCAUAUCAGCUCAAGGUUGUCUCUAUUGUUGGAACUGGGGGGCUAGGUAAGACGACCCUUGCUAGACAGGUUUAUAACAAGAUUGGAGCAAACUUUGAUUGUCGAGCAUUUGUGCCGAUCUCACGAAGCCCUGAUAUGUCGAAGAUCUUGAGUUCUAUAUUUUCCCAAUUGCGCAACCAAGAUCAAUAUCAUGCUGGAGCAGGGGAUCCAACACUCCUAAUUGAGCAAAUCAGAAAAUUUCUAGAAAAUAAAAGGUAUUUGAUCAUAAUUGAUGAUAUAUGGGAUGCACAAACAUGGAAAUUUUUGGAAUGUGCUUUUGUCAAGAGCGGUCUUGGCAGUAGAGUAAUGAGCACAACACGUAAUAAUGAUAUAGCAAAUGCAUGCUGCUCUUGUGACAGGGAUCUUGUCUACAAGAUCAAACCACUUAGUGAUGCUGACUCAGCAAAGUUAUUUUUCAAGAGAAUAUUUGGUGAUGAAGAAAGUUGUCCUUCUAGCUUGAAAGAAGUCUCAAAAGAUAUUUUGAGAAAGUGUGGUGGUUUGCCACUGGCUAUCACUGCCAUAUCUAGCUUAUUGGCAACUGGGAAAACAGAACAGGAGUGGAAUCAGGUUCGGAGUUCUAUUACCUCUGUUGAAGGCAAAAGUUCUGAUAUAGAGGCUAUGAAAUACAUUUUAUCUCUGAGCUAUUUCGACCUUCCGUUCCACCUAAGAAGUUGCCUACUAUACCUUACUAUGUUUCCUGAAGAUUAUGAGGUUCAAAGGAAGCGGUUAGUACACAGAUGGAUUUCUGAGGGUCUUAUCCGUGGCAAAGACAGAGAAGAUCUUGUUGAAUUGGGAAAUACGUAUUUCCAUGAGCUUAUUAACAGAUGUUUAAUACAACCGGUGGAAGUAAAAUAUAAUGGUAAGGCAUCAAGUUGCCGAGUCCAUGACACCAUCCUCGAUUUCCUCAUUUAUAUGUCUGAUAAAGAGAACUUUUGUACUUUGUUAAGCAAGAAAGCAAAGCCAAAUCGCAGAAUUCGUCGAAUUUCUCUGAUGGGAAAUGAAGAUCCAGAAAUUAUCGAGCAAUUGGAUUUAUCACAUGCUCGAUCACUUGGUGUAUUUCAGUCUACCAAACAAUUGCCUUCCCUUGUGAAGUCAGAUGCUAUGCGUGUGCUGGACUUAAGAUGGUGUGCAGAAUUGGGAAAUCAUGUCAAAGAUAUUGGGAGACUUAUUCAGUUGAGAUACUUGAACAUCAAUGGUGUACGUGUAACUGAGCUUCCUAAACAAAUUGGAGACUUGGAGUAUCUAGAGACACUUAUUACGGAUCCCAAUCUUUCUGUGCUACCUGAAUCAGCUAGUCGGCUAAAACGCCUGGCUCGUCUGUCUGUUGGAAAUAGCACUAAAUUGCCGGAUGCGUUUGGAAACAUGGAGAACUUGCAAGAGCUUUUGCAAAUAAACCCCUUUAUUCAAUCACCGAACUUUGUAGAAGAGCUUGGCAAACUAAUAAAUCUAAUGAAGCUGAAAAUUAUGUUGAGGUCAGGCGGAUUUGCAAGCUAUGAGGAAAAAUGUAUAGUAUCCUCUCUCUUUGAGUUGGAUAACUGCAACCUUCGCAAGCUGUCUAUUACAUUUUAG